UGGAGGGCAGCGGGGCCAGGCCAUGCGGGAGCUGCGCUCGUCCUCCUUCUGGAGGGCCAUCCUGGCCGAGUUCCUGGGCAGCCUCCUCUAUGCCCUGCUGGGGCUGGGGGCCUCCCUGCGCUGGGCCCCGGGCCCCCCCAGCGUCGUGGGGUCUGCCCUGGCCUUCGGGCUGGCCCAGGCCACCGUGGUGCAGGCGCUGGGCCACGUCAGCGGCGGCCACGUCAACCCGGCCGUCACGCUGGCCUUCCUGAUGGUCUCGCAGCUCUCCCUGCCCCGCGCCGUGGGCUACCUGCUGGCCCAGGUGCUGGGCGCGCUGGCCGGGGCCGGGGUGCUCUACGGGGUGACCCCGGGCCCCGUCCGCGGCACCCUCGGCCUCAGCGCGCUUCACCCUGGUGUGGGCCCAGGCCAGGGCACGGUGGUGGAGGUGCUCCUGACAGCCCAGUUCGUCCUCUGCGUCCUCGCCAGCUUCGACGACCGUCACGACGGGCGCCCAAGCAUGGCUGCCGUGCCCGUCGGCUUCUCCCUCGCCCUCGGCCACCUCUUCGGGAUCCACUACACGGGCGCCGGCAUGAACCCCGCUCGCUCCUUCGCCCCCGCCGUCAUCACCCGCAACUUCGCCAACCACUGGGUGUACUGGGCGGGCCCGCUGCUGGGCGCGGCGCUGGGCGCGGUGCUGUACGAGUUCGCGCUGUGCCCGCGGCCGCGCAGCCUGGCCGAGCGCCUGGCCGCCCUCAAGGGAGAGCCGCCCGCCGCCGCCGUCACCGCCGCCGUCACCGCCGCCGCCGCCGAGCCGCCGCCCGAGUCGCCGGCGGAGCCGCUGGAGCUGAAGACGCAGGGGCUGUAA